AUGGAUAGGUAUAAAUUUGAGCCAAAAGAUAUCUGGAAUAUGGAUGAGACAGGGGUGACCACUGUCCAAAAACCUAGUAAGAUUUUAGCUCAAAAAGAAAUUAAACAAGUAGGGGCAGUAACCUCAGCAGAACGUGGGAGACUAAAAUCAUACAAUCAAAGAUCCAACUCGCCAAUACCAGGACCUAGCGGGCUACAGCAAGCAAAUUCUUCUCAGCCGUUUGAUUUUACACCUAAAGAUCUUAGACCCUUACCACAAGCGGGUCCAAGGACUGUAGCAAAUAAAGGAUGUAAAAAACGUAAAACAGCAAUUUUGACGGACACGCCUGAAAAAAACGUCAUUGAAGAAGAAUAUCAACAAAGAAAUAAAGCCAAGAAAACGGUUUUACAAACCGAUACUGGAAAUUGGAAGAGGAACUUGAUGUCUAAGAAAGGGAAGGGAAAAGGAAAAAAGACAAAGAAGGCAGCUAAAGGCAAGGAAAAUAAAUCUGACGACGAAGAUUGCUUUUGUCUUGUUUGCUUAGACACUUUUAGCAACAGUCGACCAAAUGAGCAAUGGAUGCAAUGUACCAAAUGUAAAAUGUGGUCACAUGCUGAAUGCAUCAACGAUGAUGCAAAUUAUGUGUGCCAUAAUUGUGAGUGA